AUGAGCAAAGGAUUUCUUCGCGUAAAAGGGACGCAGAUCGUCGACAGCGACGACGAGUCUGUCAACCUUCGUGGCACGGCUCUCGGAGGAUGGCUCAACAUGGAGAACUUCUUGGUCGGUUACUCAGGAAAUGAAUCUGGGGUUCGAGCCGCCAUGUUGAAGGUCAUGGGCAGAGACGAUUACGACUUCUUCUUUGAUCGGUGGCUUUAUCACUUCUUCACCGAGAAGGACGUCACAUUUUUGAAGUCUCUCAAACUCAAUUGUCUUCGACUUCCCUUCAAUCAUCGACAUUUCGAAGACGAUAUGAAUCCCCGGGUCUUAAAGGAGACUGGCUUUAAGCAUCUGGACCGUGUCAUCAGGUUGUGCUCCGAAAACCAGAUCUACACCGUCCUUGACAUGCACACAUCACCGGGCGGCCAGAAUCAGGACCAACACUGCGAUAACAAUACAAGCCACGCUGCACUCUGGGAGUACAAAGACCACCAGGACCGAGUCGUGUGGCUAUGGGAACAGAUUGCUCAUAGAUACAAAGACAACCCAUGGAUAGCAGGCUACAAUUUGCUCAACGAGCCUGCGGAUUCAGAAGGAACUCGCGUGGCCAAUCUCUACACCCGUCUCGAAAAAUCUAUUCGAGCGGUUGAUCCACAGCAUAUGCUUUUUAUUGACGGCAAUACCUAUGGCAUGGAGUUCAAUGCGUUCCACGGCAUUCUUCCCAAUACUAUCUACUCCAUCCACGACUACAGCAUGAUGGCCUUCUCGAUUGGUGAAACCUACCGUGGCACCCCUCAGCAAAAGCAAAAAUUGGAUCAGCAGCUCGAGCGAAAAUGCCAGUACCAACAUCACCACAGCCUACCAAUAUGGAAUGGAGAAUUCGGCGUGACAUGGGCGACGCCGAAUGACGAAAAUCCUGAUGCUGUUAACGAUUGUCGCCAGAUGUUGAUGCUUCAACAGUUGCGCAACUACGAAAAAGCUGGAAUUCCAUGGUCAAUGUGGUCUUACAAAGACGUGGCGCUUAUGGGCCUGAUGCAUCCAGCUCCGAACUCGGCGUACCAGCAGCUGAUUGCACCCUUCCUGGAAAGGAAGCGUCGAACCCAAGUCGACUGGACCGGUGCAUCGGAAGCCGCGGAGAUUGAAAAUCUCAUCAAUCCUCUCGUGAAGUGGAUUGACUCGGUCUCUCCCACGGCGACGAAGACAUAUCCGCUUCACUGGUCGACAAAACAGCACAUUUUCCGGAAUGUCAUCCAGACAUUUUUGGCCUCCUCGUUCACCAAUGAGUUUGCGGAACUUUUUCGGGAAAAGACGCGGGACGAGCUUGAGGAAUUGGCAGCGAGCUGGUCGUUUGAUGGCUGUGUCGCACAUGACCAGCUUGUGGAACUCUUGAGGAACAAGGCGUAUAUUCCUGAAUAG